GCGCGGUAAUGGGAGGCUCCUAGGCAGGAGAAGCAAAAGAAGGAAUUGUUUGCGAGUUCAGUCAUCCAAAAAAGCUUCUUCCAUAUGGAGGGAUCGGGUGCGCUGGGCGCGGCGUCCCCUGCCUUGUCCUCCUGCUGCCGUCACCGCGGCUCCCGCUUCCUGUCGCGGGGACCCUGAGCCGGGUCUCGCCGGUGUCAGCCGCGCGCGCACACGCACCUCACACUCGCCUGCCGCCCGCGCCCUGCCUCCGGGCCCGUAGCUUCUCAGUCCCGGGUCCUUUGUUGCUUCUGCUGCGGCCACUCUCCCGUGCUGUGUCCCCGCGUGUCACCGUGCUGUGCGUGCUGUGUGUCUGUGCGGCACUGGUGGCCGUGUGGCUUUCGCAGCGCUCACCACGCGGGUCCCUGGGCCCGGGUUCACCCUUUUCAGGAGCCGGCUGCAACCGAGUUUGCUUAGGGAGGCAGAAGAUGGAGUCCUGCUGGCCUGGGUGACUAUGGAGCCUGUGUUCUUCACCAAUGCAGUCUUCACUCCCAAAUCACCUGGCCCACACUCUGCGUUCUUUCUCCCAAGGGGAUGGACAAUGAGAAUCCUGAGAAAGAACUUCACCUAGCUUCUACAGCAGCAUUGCAGGGGACUGCAGUAUCUCUGCAAGUGUCACCGGUGGCUUAUGGGACAUUGGCUCAGGACCCUCUGUGACACACCAUGCUUUGUGGGAUGAUGACAACAUGCAGAGGAAAGAGGCCUACAGUCACACUGGUUUGGCUCCUCUUGGCCACAGCAGGCUGCCUUGCCGAUUUGAAUGUGGUCCCUCAGGUCACUGUCCAGCCCAUGUCCACUGUACAGAAGCUUGGAGGAACUGUGAUCCUGGGCUGUGUGGUGGAACCACCAUGGGUGAAUGUAACCUGGCGUCUCAACGGAAAGGAGCUGAAUGGCUCGGAUGACACUCUGGGAAUCCUGCUUACCCGUGGGACCCUUGUCAUCGCUGCCCUCAACAACCACACUGUGGGACGAUAUCAGUGUGUGGCCCGGAUGCCUGCGGGAGCUGUGGCUAGUGUGCCAGCCACGGUGACACUAGCUAAUCUCCAGGACUUCAAGUUAGAUGUGCAACAUGUGAUUGAAGUUGAUGAGGGGAACACGGCUGUCAUUGCCUGCCACCUGCCUGAGAGCCACCCAAAAGCCCAGGUCCGGUACAGUGUCAAACAGGAGUGGCUGGAGGCCUCUAGAGACAACUACCUGAUCAUGCCAUCAGGGAAUCUCCAAAUCGUCAAUGCCAGCCAGGAGGAUGAGGGCAUGUACAAGUGUGCUGCCUAUAAUCCAGUGACCCAGGAAGUGAAAACCUCUGGUUCUAGCGACAGGCUGCGUGUGCGCCGGUCCACUGCUGAGGCUGCCCGCAUCAUUUACCCACUUGAGGCCCAGACUGUCAUUGUCACCAAAGGUCAGAGUCUCAUCUUGGAGUGUGUGGCCAGCGGGAUCCCACCACCUCGAGUCACCUGGGCCAAGGAUGGGUCCAGCAUCACAAGCUACAAUAAGACCCGCUUCCUGCUGAGCAACUUGCUCAUUGACACUACCAGUGAGGAGGACUCGGGCACCUACCGCUGCAUGGCCAAUAAUGGGGUUGGGGAGCCAGGUGUGGCUGUCAUCCUCUACAAUGUCCAGGUGUUUGAACCCCCAGAGGUUACAAUGGGGCUAUCUCAACUGGUCAUCCCAUGGGGCCAGAGUGCCAAGCUUACCUGUGAGGUGCGGGGGAACCCUCCACCCUCUGUGCUGUGGCUAAGGAAUGCUGUGCCCCUUACCUCCAGCCAGCGCCUCCGGCUGUCUCGCAGGGCCCUGCGUGUGGUCAGUGUGGGGCCUGAGGAUGAAGGUGUGUACCAGUGCAUGGCUGAGAAUGAAGUUGGGAGUGCCCACGCUGUGGUCCAGCUGAGGACUGCAAGGCCAGACACAACCCUGAGACCCUGGCGGGAUGCUAAGCCAAUUGCUACCACACCUACCACACCACCCUCCAGAUCCAGCAGUCCUGACCAGAUGUUGAGGGAGCACCCAGGGCUGGCUAAGCCCCCAACAUCAGUGCAGCCUGCUUCCCUGAUGUGCCUGGGAGAGAAGGAGCAGGUGGCCCCUGCAGAGGCUCCCAUCAUCCUCAGCUCCCCUCGGACCUCCAAGACUGACUCGUAUGAGCUGGUGUGGCGGCCUCGGCACGAGGGCAGCAGCUGGGCACCCAUACUGUACUACGUGGUGAAACAUCGUAAGCAGGUCACAAAUUCUUCUGAUGACUGGACCAUCUCUGGCAUUCCAGCCAACCAGCACCGCCUCACCCUCACCAGGCUUGACCCUGGAAGCUUAUAUGAAGUGGAGAUGGCAGCCUAUAACUGUGCUGGUGAGGGCCAGACGGCCAUGGUCACCUUCCGAACAGGACGGCGGCCCAAACCUGAGAUCGUGGCCAGCAAGGAGCAGCAGAUCCAAAGAGAUGACCCUGGUGCCAGCCCCCAGAGCAACAGCCAACCUGACCAUGGACGCCUCUCCCCCCCCGAAGCUCCAGACAGACCCACUAUCUCCAUGGCCUCUGAGACUUCAGUGUAUGUGACCUGGAUUCCCCGUGGGAAUGGUGGCUUCCCAAUUCAGUCCUUCCGUGUGGAGUACAAAAAGCUGAAGAAAGUGGGAGACUGGAUUCUGGCCACCAGUGCUAUCCCUCCCUCACGGCUUUCUGUGGAGAUCACAGGUCUGGAGAAAGGUACCUCCUACAAGUUCCGAGUCCGUGCUUUGAACAUGCUGGGAGAGAGUGAACCUAGUGCUCCUUCCCGGCCAUAUGUGGUAUCAGGCUACAGUGGCCGAGUAUAUGAGAGGCCCGUGGCAGGCCCUUACAUCACCUUCACUGAUGCCGUCAAUGAGACUACCAUCAUGCUCAAGUGGAUGUACAUCCCAGCGAGUAACAACAACACCCCCAUCCAUGGCUUUUACAUCUACUACCGACCCACAGACAGUGAUAAUGACAGCGACUACAAGAAAGAUAUGGUGGAAGGGGACAGGUACUGGCACUCCAUCAGCCACCUGCAGCCGGAGACCUCCUAUGACAUUAAGAUGCAAUGCUUCAACGAAGGCGGGGAGAGUGAGUUCAGCAAUGUGAUGAUCUGUGAGACCAAAGCUCGGAAGACUUCUGGUCAUCCUGGUCGACUCCCACCCCCAACUCUGGCCCCUCCACAGCCCCUGCCCCCAGAAACCAUAGAGCGGCCAGUGGGCACUGGGGCCAUGGUAGCACGUGCCAGCGACCUGCCCUAUUUGAUUGUUGGGGUUGUUCUGGGCUCUAUCGUCCUCAUCAUCGUCACCUUCAUCCCCUUCUGCUUGUGGAGGGCCUGGUCUAAGCAAAAACACACAACAGACCUGGGUUUUCCUCGAAGCGCCCUUCUCUCCUCCUCCUGCCAAUACACUAUGGUGCCAUUAGGAGGACUUCCAGGCCACCAACCCAAUAGGCAUCCCUACCUCAGUGGCAUCAAUGGACGGGCCUGUGCCAGCCGAAUGCAUGGAAGCAGAGUGGGCUGCCCAGGCAGCAAACCUCAGCAGCACUGCCGAGGGGAGCUUCCACAGCAGCAGGAGGACACCAACAGCCUGCUGCGGCAGACCAUCAUUGUCAAUGGAUAUGACCCCCAGAGCCACCAGGUGACCAGGGGCACCAGAUCUAGCCCAGACGAAGGCUCUUUCUUAUACACACUUCCUGAUGACUCAACUCACCAUCUGCUCCAACCUCAAGAUUGCUGUCACCUCCAGAAGCAACUUGUCACUACACGUCAGGCAGCAAUAAGGAGGGCACCUGAGGGUCCUGGGCUGGAAGCUUCGUGGGACCCUCCAUUUCAUUCAGGGCCCCGGUGCUGCUUGGGUCUUGUACCAGUUGAAGAGGUAGACAGUCCUGAUUCCUGCCAAGUGGGUGGAGGAGACUGGUGUCCCCAGCACGCUUCUGGAGCCUACAUACGACAGGAGCAGCUCUCUCCCAGCCCGCCAGUUCAUGUGUCUUUUGAAACACCACCUCCCACAAUUUAAGCUGAAGCCAAUAUCCCAGAAAGACUAUAUAUUGUUUUUUAAAGAGACAGAGAAAAUUGGUAUUUAUUUUUCUAUUAUAGCCAUAUUUAUAUAUUUAUGCCUUUGUAAAUAAAUGUAUAUCUGUUUUUAUAAUUCUGGAGAGACAUACAGGCUCCUCCCCUUUGAGGAAGGAAACAAGCCAUAACAGUACAAGGAAAGGGUCACAUCGGCGGACUUCGGAUGUCACAGAACCUGCAGCGCCUGGGGCUGCAGGAGGCCCUCAGGUGAGUUGACUGGAAGGAUUCUACACACACACUGUCAUGAAGAGCACCAAGGAAAAGCAAGGGCCAUGUAUUGCAGACGGAAGCCACCAAAGAUGGCUGGAUCUGGUGGCCCAGGAAACGUUUCCAAGAUGCCAUGAGAACAGACCCAAAUGUGUACAGCACUCUAAGCAUUAACAAACCAUCUAGAAUCAGUAAUCUGUGGCAACAUAUCUCUGUAAAAACAAAUACUGUACCUUCUAAAUAAAUGUUUAGUCUUCCCUGUAACCGUCAA